AAGAGCACUUACAGUUACAACACAAGCCUGAGUUCACUACCUGCCUAGUUCCUCACCCAUGGCGAAGUCAAGUAGUUACGGCCUUGGGCUUGCUUGCUUCGCCGUUGCUGUUGCGGUCGCCGGCGCAACCCAGUUCACCGUCGGCGGCGCCAAUGGCUGGAGCGCCCCCGGCGCCGCCGCGGAGCCCCUCAACACCUGGGCGGAGAGGACCAGGUUUCAGGUCGGAGACUCGCUAGUGUUCGUGUACCCCAAGGACCGGGACUCGGUGCUGCUGGUGGAGCCGGCGGACUACAACGCCUGCAACACGUCGUCGUACGUGACGAGGUUCGACGACGGCGACACCGUGUUCGUGCUGGAUCACUCCGGCGCCUUCUUCUUCAUCAGCGGCGUCGAGGCCAACUGCCGCGCCAACGAGAAGCUCAUCGUCAUGGUCCUCGCAGCUGGCCGCAACGAUACCGCCGGCGGCGGAGCCGCGCCGCCGCCGACCGCUGCGGCGCCUCCUCCGCCGGCAUCGACGUCUCCGCCUCCCGCCAGCUCCGCCACCCCGCCGCCGCCGCCGGCGUCGCCCGCCCCUAAGGCUCCAGCCGCUGCGUCGCCGCCGCCACCCGCCAGCUCGGCGGCCUCGGCUCCCCCUCCCGCCUCCGCUCCCACCACGACGCCCAGCGCGCCGCCGCCCGCUUCGUCGCCCCCCGCCCCCCGCGCGACAUCGCCAGCUCCGGUGUCGUCGACGCCGCCACCGUCCGCCCCGGCCGGUGCCCCGGAGGCACCGCCGGCGCCCUCGGCAAGCUCUCCGGCUCGGAGCGCACAUGGAACGACGACGGCGAACUCGACGGGCACGCCAUCAUCGCCGCGUCCUGCCGGCUCCAAGGACAGGAACAGCGCCGCCCUCGCGGUGGCCUCGGGCCUGGCCAGCUCGCUCGGGGCCUGCGCCCUUGGCUACGCCAUGCUUGCUCUCUGAAUUGAAAGCGAACCCGAUACACCCACUGACCUCCUGUUCCGACGAACGGGGAAGUCUUGAUCGAGUAAAUGUACAUGUAAAGACGACGCGCGAUUUGUACAUGUUCUUGCAAAUCUUUGUACUAUUCGUUUUCCACCGGAUGAAUAAAGAAAAAUGGAACGAUUCAUGAAUCA